AUGCCCUACCUAAAACUAAACGACUCGCGACAAAUGCCCAUGAUCGGUAUGGGCACCCUGGGCAUCGUCGACCGGAAUACCUUACGUAAUGUGAUUGAGGACGGCAUACACGUGGGCUACCGGCACAUCGACACCGCCUACUUCUACAAGAACGAGGCAUUCCUCGGCGAAAAGCUCCGGGAGAUCUUUAAACGUAAGGACCACUACCGGGUCAAGAGAUCGGACCUGUUUGUCACGAGUAAACUUUGGAAUACCCGGCACUCCCGGUUCGAAGUCAUUGAGGGCCUCAUUGAGAGUAACAUGAAGUUGAACAUCGGUUAUAUCGAUUUGUACCUGGUUCAUUUCCCGAUGGCCUGGGAGGAGGGCGGUAAGGAUAUACCUUUAGAUGCCAAUGGGCUGACCAAGGAUACCAAUAUAUCGGUUGUGGAUACGUGGAAGGGCAUGGAGGAUGCCCAGAGAAUGGGCAUGGUCAGAAGUAUCGGUGUUUCCAAUUUUAAUGUGGAUCAACUGACCAGGAUACUAAUACACGCUGCGAUUAGGCCGGUGGUUAAUCAGAUUGAAGUGAAUCCAUACCUAACGGAGGAAUGUUUGGUACGAUUUUGCCAGAAGUCCGGUAUUCAAGUCGUGGCCUACAGUCCCUUCUCGAAGGGUAACCAAACGCUAAUGAAUGAACCGGUGCUCAAAAAGCUCGCAUUCAAGUACCACAAGUCCGUGCCCCAGGUCAUCAUGCGAUGGUUACUGCAAAGGGGUAUAGCAAUUGUACCAGGGACCAUUCACAAAGAACGUCUCAUAGAGAAUAUUAACGUGUUUGAUUUUAAAUUGAGCGAGAAAGAAAUGUUGCGAAUAAGCAGGCUCAAUCGCAAUUGGCGUCGAACUGAAUUACCGUAUUCUAGAUAUAACGCUGAGUACCCCUAUAGGAGAAUGUGUUACGAAUGA